UGUGUAAAUCGAUCCUAUUAGCAUUUUUAUAGAAGAAGUACAGUGAGCGUUGUGUCGUGUCUUGGCUAUAGCAGUUCUUUCACGCGUUGUGAUAAAGUUGUUUUUUGCUGAAACUACAGUUUAUUAUUGCACAUCAUUGCGUCACAACGACCAAGUUUUACCCAACACCAUGAGUACAUUAUGGAUGGGAAACCUGGAGAGCUACAUGGAUGAGAAGUUCAUCAUCCGAGCUUUCUCGACCAUGGGCGAACAAGUGGUUAGCGUGCGGAUCCUCAGAAACAAAAUGACUGGUAUGUUGUCGUCUAGUGGUGCCCUGGGUUACUGCUUCGUUGAGAUGGCGGAUGAGGCCACAGCUGAGAGGUGUCUACGAAAAAUCAAUGGGAAACCUUUACCUGGAGCCAGUCCACCCACAAGAUUCAAACUAAACCGAGCCAACUUUGGGAAACAAGACACAAGUCAACUUUAUUCGCUGUUUGUGGGAGAUCUAACUCCAGAGGUGGAUGAUGGGAUGCUUUAUGAGUUCUUCUACAACCGCUACCCCACUUGUCGUGGAGGAAAAGUGGUGCUGGACAGCAUGGGUAAUUCAAAAGGCUGUGGAUUCGUUCAGUUUCCCGAUGAGAGGCUGCAGAAGCGAGCGCUGGACGAAUGUCAGGGAGCGGUGGGACUCGGUGGCAAACCUUUGAGACUAAGUCUUGCUGCUAACAAUUUAAGGAACCGGCCACCACAGCAUCAACAACAGUCAGACAAAACAUGGCAGUCUAGCUCAAAUUAUAGCACUAGCUACGACCAGUACAGCCAAUACAACCAGUAUGGCCAGUAUCAGCAGCAACCAUACAGUGGAUAUUACAAUCCCUGGGGCUAUGAUCAGUCUGCAUCCGGGUACUACCAACAGUACGAUUACACGCAGUAUCCUGCAACACAGGAAACAGAAGCUGUUGAGGAGGAUGAUGGACUUGAAGAUCCAAACCCACAGCUGGACGUGCUAGAGGCCAAUAGGAAGUACAUGGAGCAUAGCGAGGAGCUGUACGACGCCCUCAUCGAUUGUCAGUGGCAGUCUGCAGACUUUUCUUCACAACAGGAACACCUGAUAGCCAGUAUACCAGAGCCUAUAACUUGCUGAGAGACAACUGAACAUUUCAUCCCUGUACUGGGAGUGAUUUUUUUCUUUCUUUUUGAUGUUUGAUCGUAGGGACACAAAGUGAUACAUUUUAUUAAAUUGUAUGAAUAAAACUAAAUGUGGUUUA